AUGGACUUGGGAGGCUCCAGAUUCACAGCACCCACCCCCAGAGAGCUUCAGGGAGGCAUCCUUCCCCGCCUGACCCUCUUCCCUUUCUCCCCAGCCUCCUUCUUCGGGGACAGCUACGUGGAGAUGCCGCUGGCGGACGCCUCGCGCACGGUGCGGCUCCACCUGCAGCUGUACACCAGCCAGGGGACUGGGCUGCUCUUCCUGGCCGCCGGCCAGCCCGACCACCUCCUGCUUCAGCUGCGAGCCGGCAGCCUGCAGGCCAGGCUGCAGCUGGGCUCAGAGGAGGUGAUGCUGCAGUCCCCAGCCGAGCUGCAGCUCAGUAACCUGGAGGUGCACAACGUGGAACUACUGGUGGAAGAUGGGAGGAUGACACUGACUGUUGAUGGCCUCUUCAACAGCUCUGUGGACAUUGCAGGACCUGCACGGGAGCUGGACAUCCAGUACGGCCUCUACGCUGGUGGGACAGGCAGCCUUGACCUGCCAUACCUCGCUGAGGUCAGCUCACCCUUCAGAGGUUGCCUCCACUUAGUGACAUUCAACGGCCUGGAUGUCCUCUCCCCGAUGGCCUCUGAUGGCAGCUCCAAGACCUUCCACCAGGUCCAGGAAGGAUGCAACACACAGUUCUCUGCGGAUCCUGAAGACCCCUUUGGGUUCCUGGGGCCACACUCCUACAUCGCGUUUCCCACGUGGGAUGCAAGGGAGGAAGCGACCAUUGAGUUUGUGAUAACGACGAGCAUCACCCAGGCACCCCUCAUCUACCACGGGGGGCUGGAGAAUGACUUCUUCUACCUGGAGAUCUCCAACGGGCGCCUAAGAGGGUUUGUUGAGAAGGGAAAUGGCAUCAUCGUCCUGCACAACAACGUCUUCAUCAGCGACGAGCAGCAGCACUAUGUCAAAGUCUACACAGACAUCCACAAGUUUGAGAUACUGAUCGACUACUACGCCUCAUCCACGUCCAACCGGGGCAUCAACAACCACCUGGACCUUCAGGGAAACCUCUUCAUCGGAGGUAUGAAUGAAAAAGCUUCGCAGAGGCUGAGAGACCAUCAUCUUGCUUUCAUCUCAGCGUGGACCAUGACAAACAAUUCAUUUGUUGGCUGCUUGGAGGACCUGCGGAUAAACCUGCAGAGGAGGAGUCUGCAAGAUGCCGUGAUCACCAGGGACAUCACAUCAGGCUGUGGAAAGCAGGAGCACUACUGGGACUACGACGAGAUGUACGAGCAGGAUGAGACACCCACUUCCCCACCUCCAGAUGGCUGGUCAGGAGCACCAGGCCUGGUGGUGGAACCGUGCCAGCCAGACAACAGCUUCCCAUCUGCCUUUGCCAACAUCAGCAGGCUGCUGCACGUCAGCCCCCUCAUCGUCUCUGAAGGGGGCAUGGCCUAUCUGGAGUGGAAACACACCCAGCCAACAGUAGACUUGAGUCUUGCAAAUAUCCGACAGUCCCAAAUCCUCUUUAGCAUCACCAAGGACCCUAGACAUGGCCAGCUGGAGCUGGACAUUCCUGGGUCCAGGAGCAGAAGGAAGUUCACCUUGUUGGACAUUGUGAAUCGAAAAGUCAGAUAUGUUCACGACGGCUCUGAGGGGCCCAUGGACCAGCUGAUGCUGGAGGUGUCAGUGACUGCCCAGCAAGGGGUCCCCGAGUGCUUGCGGCAGGAGCAGAUGUACCUGCUGCCCAUCAUGAUCAACCCCAUCAACGACGCCCCACAAGUGAUCUUCCCCCACGGGAACGACAUGACAAUCCUGAAGCACACACGGAAACACCUGACUACAGACAUCUUGCAGGUCCUAGAUGAUGACACAUCCUGCGACGACCUCGAAUUCCAGCUGCAUGGUGGCCAGCAGAUGGAGGAGGGUUACGUGGAGUAUGACUUUCACCCUGGAGUGCCCAUUGAAGAGUUCUCCUGCAGGGACCUGGAAGCAGGCAACGUAGCCUACGUGCACCAGAGCGGGACCAACUUACAGCUCACCUUGCAGGUCAGUGAUGGAACAGUCCCAAGCCCCAUUGCCACCCUUAGGAUCCUCGCCAUCGACCCCGACAUCCGCCUGCACAAUAACACCGGCCUCUCCAUCUCCCAAGGAGGGGCAGCACGCAUUACCACAGCCAACCUGUCAGUGGAGACAAACGCUGUGAAACAACGGGUUGCCAUCCUGUACGUCCUCACAGAGCCCCUAAGGUAUGGGGAGCUCCAGAAGCAAGGGAGCGUGGGAGGGGAAUGGAAAAAAGUCGAGUCCUUCCAUCAGCAAGACCUGGAGCAAGGGCGCAUCCAGUAUUUUAGCACAGACUCAGAGCACCGGCUGGAAGAUGUUGUGGAGAAGUUGAGAUUCAAAGUCCAGGUAGGGCAGAAGGUCUUGCAAAACAACACCUUUCUCAUAAGGAUUAAAAGAGCCACCAUUAAGAUGAGGACCAUGGUCCCCCUCCAGAUGAAGAACAAGCGGCACAGAAAUAUCACCAGUAAGGAGCUGGAGGCAAUGUUGGAAGAUCCAAACUCCACCCCAGUCCCCUUCCACUACAUGAUAAUCCAGGCUCCCAAAAAGGGAAACCUGGAGCUGCUCGGCAACAGAUUGACUGAAGGCUUUGGAUUUACCCAAGAUGACCUGCAAAGAAACCACCUGAGCUACAGUGCAACCAUCAGGAACUCUCAGCAAGCUGAGGACACCUUCCAAUUCCGCAUCCGCGCCGGUGAGCAGCACUCUCCUGUCUAUACCUACACAAUCAGCAUUGGUGGGGACCCCGAUGCACCAGCCCUGACCAACAUUCUCCUGACAGUGCCAGAAGGGGGGCAAGCUGUCAUCUCCAAGGACCAUUUGUUUGUACAGAGUAUGAACAGCAUGGACUACCUCUACGAAGUGAUCGAGGGACCAGCACAUGGGAGGCUGGCCUGGGCUGCAUCCCACGGCUGGGCUUCCAGAGAAGAGAUCACGGAGUUCACCAACGACGACAUCCUUCACCGCCGGCUGCUGUACCUGCACGAUGACUCCGAGACACUGGAGGAUGACAUCCCCUUCGUAGCAACCAGGCAGGGCGAGGGCAGCACCGAGCCCGAGGCAGAGGAAGUGAGAGGGGUUUUCAGGGUCUCCAUCCUACCUGUCAACGACCACACCCCAGUCCAGGUGGUGAACAAGGUCUUCAAUGUGGUGCGCAAUGGGCAGCACCUGCUGACGACGGAUGAUAUUGCCUUCACCGACAAGGACUCUGGCUUCUCCGACUCACAGCUGGUGCUGGCGAGGAAGGACAUUUUGUUUGGCAGCAUAGUGUCCAUUGAUGACAGAAGCCGCCAGGUCUAUCGGUUCACACAGGAGGACUUGAGGAAGAAGAAGAUCCUCUUUGUCCAUUCAGGGGCUGACCGGGGCUGGAUCCAGCUACAGGUCUCGGAUGGCCUCCACCAAACCACAGCCCUCCUGGAAGUACAGGCAUCAGACCCCUACAUCAAAAUAGUCAACAACACCGGCCUAGUCAUCCACCAAGGCAGCCGAGGGAGCAUUGACUCCUCCGUCCUCAGCCUGGAGACCAACAUGGACAUCAGGUCAGAUGAAGAGAUACGGUUUCUGAUAACAACCCCCCCGAGGUGGGGUACUGUGCUCAAAGGGGAGCAGCCAGUCGUGGCCUUUUCCCAGAGGGACCUCCUAGCAGGAGAGAUCUCCUACCGACACAAUGGGAGCAGGAACACCCGUGACGAGCUCCAGUUCACUGUAGAAGCGAAUGAGGUGGUGGUGGAGGACACACUGGCCAUCAGCGUGUUCUUGGAUACCCACCCCAGCCCUCUGCACAUAAUCAACCACAGGGAGAUCUACGUCUUCCAGGGGGAAGCAGCCGGGAUCAAGGAGGAAUACUUAUUGGUGGCCCAUGAAGAGAUCCCUCCCCAGGACAUAGUCUACCUGGUAAGCAGCCUCCCAGUCUCUGGCUUCCUGGCAAUGCUUCAGCACAGCCCAGAUGCAAACGAGCAGCCCAGCCUGGACCCCAUCCAGUCCUUCACCCAGGAGGACAUCAACAACGGCAGAGUCCUCUACCUCCACUCCAAGCCGGAUGAGAAACAUGACCGGUUCGUCGUGGACAUCACGGCCCAUGGUGCAGACCCACUGGAAGGGGUGGUGGUGAGCCUGGUCAUGCUCCCCAUCACUGUGCCUCUGGAGGUCCACAACAUCACAGUGCUAGGAGGUGGCUCCACUACCCUCUCCACAGGCAUCCUCAACAUCCCCAAUGCCUACUACACAGCUCUCGGGAUGGAGUUCAGGGUGCUCGAGCCCCCCCAGUUCGGCAGCCUCCUGAGCAGCAAGAGGCCAGAGGAUGGCGAGCUGCACAGCUUCACCUGGAGUGAGGUGGAGAAGCAGCAGAUCCAGUACAGGCAGGACGGUCCCCAGGCGCAAGGCGACAGCUUCACCGUCCUGGCCAACGCCUCGGAGAUGGACCGGCAGAGCCAGCCCAGGACCCUCUUCAUCACCAUCCUGCCCCGCAGC